AUGGUCAGUCCAUUUUCAGUCGACUCGACAGACUCGACAGUGAGUUUGGAGCCUGCUUCUACAUCACAAUAUGCCGCUCCCUCGCAGGUUGGGGGCACUCAUUACUUCAGGUGUUUUGGGGUCUGGAUUGGACAAGCUGCCACACUUCAACGUGUUGGAGUUGAAGGCAGCCUUUCUUGGUCUGAAGGGAUUCCGGGAGAAGACGACGAUUUUCUCUUGAAGUGCAAACCCAGCAGAGUACUUAAAAAAGACAAGCUUGGUAGCUUUGUCUCUCAGCCGUUGACCCCACAGUCAUGGCAGCUGCAUGGCCAUUCCUUUCAUCAUCAUAAAAGACUCAUUGGAUCAGAACUUUAUGGUAACAGUAAUACUUUUAGCAACAAUAUACUAAAAAGGGAAGCAACUUUAGGUUACAGGAAUCUAAUUUUGAAGCCAGUAGGAAGUGUUAUCAACCGAGGUGGGUUUGGAGUCGUUAAACUUGGACAUUUUAAAGGAAAGUGUGUAGCUGUAAAAGUACUUAAAGGAAAGCGAUCAGCACAGUCGGCAGUGAAAGAAGCACUGCUUUUGAAGAUCCGGCCACAAGCUCAUAUAAAUUCUACCUAUGCUGUCGUAACAUCAUCUGCUUCAAAGGGUUUUGCUAAUAUCUUUUGGUCCAGAAUUAUUGAGAGUUCUGAGGAAGACAUUGUGCCUUUGAAGAGUGUGUCAUCACUUUUCGGUUUACCAAUCGAAGAUGCCACAUCCUUUCAUGAGAAUCAAGAUUGCAAUGGAGCCAUAGAAUGGGCUUGGGUGGUGAAUGAGCUUUGUGCACCUCACACACUUCUCACACUUAUCAAUGAUCCUAAUAUUAUUCUCACUGCUAGAGAUAAAGUAAGGUUCAUAGGAGAGAUUGCAAAUGGCUUGGCAUAUCUGCACUCUCAAGACAUUGUUCACUUGGAUGUUAAGCCUGCUAACUACACUUCUGUCACAAACUGGUCAUGUCAAGCGCUGGAUCUUACUGAUAUUUUGGCACAGUAUGUUUUAGACCCUCCGGUAAUUUUGGGCAAUAUAAUGAGUACCAGAACUUAUUGA